AUGUGUGCGUCGCGGUCGUCUGCUCGUGAUACAGAUCCAGAACCUAGAGAAUUCAGGAUCUUUAGUGUUAAAAGACUUUCUUACUUCAAAAUACCAUCAGAGUUUAGAGAAGGCAGAUGUCGGAGUGUAGCGGAAUUCGAGAAACUUAAUCGAAUUGGUGAAGGAACAUAUGGCAUAGUUUACCGUGCCCGUGAUACUGUCACAAAGGAGGUUGUAGCUUUAAAAAAGGUGCGGAUGGAAAAUGUUAGGGAUGGAAUUCCAAUUAGUAGCUUGCGUGAAAUCACAUUGUUGCUUAGUCUUAAGCAUCCGAAUGUUGUCCAUCUAAGAGAGGUUGUUGUUGGACGGAGCUUAGAUAGCAUCUUCCUCGUAAUGGAAUAUUGUGAACAAGACAUGGCUAGCCUACUUGACAAUAUGCCUAAUCCUUUCACUGAGUCUCAGGUCAAAUGCAUAAUGCUGCAACUGUUUAAAGGCCUCAGGUAUCUCCAUGAAAACUUUAUAAUCCACCGGGACCUAAAAGUGUCAAACUUGCUAAUGAAUGACAAAGGACUUGUUAAAAUAGCUGACUUUGGACUCUCACGCCCAACUCACUCUCAUAAUCCCAUGACUCCCUGUGUUGUUACCUUAUGGUACCGGGCUCCUGAAAUUCUGCUUGGGGAUAAGAACCAAACUAAAGCUGUCGACAUAUGGUCAGCUGGAUGUAUUAUGGGUGAGCUUCUACUGCAUAAACCCUUGCUUCCAGGAAAGACAGAAGUGCAUCAACUAGAGCUGAUUAUUGACUUACUUGGUACGCCGAAUGAUCAAAUUUGGCCGAAUUUGUCCAAGUUACCAACGUUGGAGAAAAUUAACUUAAAGAAACAACCGUAUAACAAUUUACGACACACCUUCCCUUGGUUAUCUGAUGCUGGAUUACGUCUGCUAAACUUCUUGUUCAUGUACGAUCCUUCCAAACGUGCCCGAGCGCGUGAAUGCUGUCAGAGUUCUUAUUUCCGUGAACAUCCUUUACCUUGUGAACCUGACAUGAUGCCGUCUUUUCCUCAACAUCGCUUGAAACGUAAGAAUUCCCCUAGUGAAUACGAUACCAAAGGCACCAGUCAAGCUCAAGACCAAACAGCCGGAUUAUUUGAUGCCGCUUUCGAUCGGAUUGUGAAAAAACGUCGUGCAUGA